AUGGGAGGAAGCGCAGGAGGCUCUGGGAUCAAAGCUCCAGGUUCAGGUGCACGUCUCAAGAUCCCGCGACCUGCCCCGGAUAACUGGAAGAGCAACGCGAUCAUUGCAUGGCCAUACGAUUCCCAAGUCUCUCCGCUCAUCUUGGAAGGUUGCUGUGGCAAUCCGGACCAUCUUCAUACCUACGGCGAUAAUGAUGCUUUCCGAUUCUGUGAUUCUGCGAGCAACCCUAGCAGCGUCAAACAAUGCUUGGAGAAUCAAGGCAUAAAGGGUGUGGAGGAGCUCCAUAAGAACGGCGGGAGCACAUUGUUGUCUUCACGCUCUGUUUCAAUGCCAGCGCUAGGCAUCAUACCUUCAGAUAGACUUCUUCACCACCAUUCCUAA